GACUCGCGUGCGCGCGGGGCCCGCCAUGGAGGUGGAGGAGGCGUUCCAGGCCGUGGGGGAGAUGGGCAUUUACCAGAUGUACUUGUGCUUCCUGUUGGCCGUGCUGCUGCAGCUCUAUGUGGCCACGGAAGCCAUUCUCAUCGCGCUUGUGGGCGCCACACCAUCAUACCACUGGGACCUGGCCGAGCUCCUGCCCAACCAGAGCCACAGCAACCAGUCGGCUGGUGGGGACCAGGCCUUCGGGGACUGGCUGCUGACCGCCAAUGGCAGUGAGAUCCACAAACAUGUGCAUUUCAGCAGCAGCUUCACCUCCAUCGCCUCCGAGUGGUUUUUGAUCGCCAACAGAUCCUACAAAGUCAGCGCCGCCAGCUCCUUUUUCUUCAGUGGCGUGUUUGUUGGAGUUAUCUCCUUUGGCCAGCUUUCGGAUCGCUACGGGAGGAAGAAGGUCUAUCUCACAGGUUUUGCUCUUGACAUCUUAUUUGCUAUUGCAAAUGGAUUUUCCCCCUCAUACGAGUUCUUUGCAAUAACUCGCUUCCUGGUGGGCAUGAUGAAUGGAGGGAUGUCGCUGGUGGCCUUUGUCUUGCUAAAUGAAUGUGUGGGCACCGCCUACUGGGCACUUGCAGGAUCAAUCGGUGGCCUCUUCUUCGCAGUUGGCAUCGCCCAGUAUGCCCUGUUAGGAUACUUCAUCCGCUCCUGGAGGACCCUGGCCGUUCUGGUUAACCUGCAGGGAACAGUGGUCUUUCUCUUAUCUUUAUUCAUUCCUGAAUCACCUCGUUGGUUAUACUCCCAGGGUCGACUGAGUGAGGCUGAAGAGGCACUGUACCUCAUCGCCAAGAGGAACCGCAGGCUCAAGUGUGCGUUCUCACUGACACACCCAGCCAGCAGGAGCUGCAGGGAGACUGGGAGUUUUCUGGAUCUGUUCCGCUACCGGGUCCUCUUGGGACACACCCUCAUCCUGAUGUUCAUCUGGUUUGUGUGCAGCUUGGUGUAUUAUGGCCUAACACUAAGUGCGGGUGAUCUUGGUGGAAGUAUUUAUGCCAACCUGGCCCUGUCUGGCCUCAUAGAGAUCCCAUCUUAUCCUCUCUGCAUCUACUUGAUUAACCAAAAGUGGUUUGGUCGGAAGAGAACAUUAGCAGCGUUUCUGUGUCUGGCAGGAUUGGCUUGUCUUAUUGUAAUGUUUCUUCCAGAAAAGAAAGACACAGGCCUGUUCGCGGUGGUGAACAGCCGUUCCUUGUCCCUGCUGGGGAAGCUGACCAUCAGCGCUGCCUUCAACAUCAUCUAUAUCUACACCUCGGAGCUCUACCCUACCGUCAUCAGGAACGUUGGGCUUGGGACCUGCUCCAUGUUCUCCCGAGUUGGUGGCAUCAUUGCUCCCUUCGUCCCCUCACUGAAAUACGUGCAAUGGUCUCUACCCUUCGUUGUCUUUGGAGCCACCGGCCUGGCCGCGGGCCUCCUGAGUUUGCUGUUGCCGGAGACGCUCAACAGCCCGUUGCUCGAGACGGUUUCUGACCUACAGGUGUAUUCCUAUCGGCGCCUGGGGGAGGAAGCGCUGUCUUUACAGACCCUGGACCUGCCACAGUCUGCAGACAAGUGCAGCACUCUGGGGAGUGAGAGUGAGGAAGAGGAAGAGUUUUACGAUGCAGAUGAGGAGACCCAGAUGAUCAAGUGAGCAGCCGUGGACUCCUCCUCCGAAGCAAAGGAUCGUCUUUGCUGCCUCUGGCCAGGGAGGGCUCUCCCUCGAGUCUGACACUGCACAGAGACGGUACCGAGCGGGGACAGGUGUGCAGGCACAAAGGAAGUCGGAGAAGAGAUUUCACAGAAGACAAAGUCACUGCAUGGAGGGAAUAGUUGUUAAUUUGUGCAAAACACAAGUUCAACCCAGAAUCAUGACUUCUGGCCAAAUAACUCAAGUGAACAUUCCAGAGUGGUCGACUGAUCCAUAUCUACAAGUGUGAUCCUAUGGCUUUUCCUUCCUUAGGAUCUAGAAGCAGUAUGUAGAAUUUCUCACCAUUUCAGUGGACUGAGAUCAGCGAUCCUUCACAUUUAACCUCACAUUUAACCUUUGACCAUGUUUGACAUCUGCCCAAUCCCGUGCUCCUCACCGGGAUCUUCUGGGCCUGUUGGUGUUAGCACUUCAGUUGUCUGCCCAGGAAUAAGCUCGUUUGUGUGUCCCGAAGCCCUCAGCUUGAGCUCAGCCAAUGAAAUUUGAGUCCUCAGCUUGGUCCCUAGCCUGUCGUUGCCUUGGACUCCUUGUGCCUUUAGUGCCACGCAAGACUCACUGGUAAAAGGCAGCUGUGUCAAAGCAGUGUGCCGCUAGUCGGGUGCGGCUGGGGCCCUGUUCACUCUCUCUGCUACUUAAGUAGUGCGAUUCCUUCAGUUCCCCCUCAUGCACCCCUCCAGAGAAACCCCCUUCCGAGGCUUCAGUACCAGCAGUAACUUCAGUGUCGUGCUCAUUCGUUGCUAACGCUUUCUCAAGGUAGAGUGCCGUGGUGAACAGUCGGAUGUAGGACAGACAGAAAAAGGUGCUGUUUCUGGGGAGGAAAGAGAAUCGUCUUUCCUAACAUUUGAUUUGUUUUGCCUUCAGUGCUGUGCCAGGAGAGCCUUAAGCAACACUGGAGAGCUUGAGCUCUUCUUGCCCUACCUGUGAGGUCAGAAUGGAGGGCCCAGUGGUUUCCUGGGAAAUGUUGACUUUCCUUUAAGUGUUCUCAACUUCCAGAUAAAUCAGAAUCAUCCUUAGUUUCCCAAAAUCAUGUUGAAAAUACCUGUUCCCGCGUGACACUUGAAUACUGUUUCCAGUAGGAGUAUAAAUCUGGAGUCCACGAGCUCGGGCCACUUUGCUUUAGGUCACUUUCCCAACGAGGAAAAUUCCUGUGCUUUUUGAAUUCCUGCUUCUGCUAAUGUCUUGGAGAGAAAGGAAGUGCAUUAGGGGUAAGGACCAGAUGUUGCUGUGGCUGCCGCCGGAGAUGCUGAGGAUGUCACCCCUGAACGGGCUGCAGAGACUGUCCUGUUCUCUCCUGCAGCGACCGCCCGGUUUCCCUGUGUCCUCUGUCCCUUUGUACCUGCUGAAGCACUUCUGUGUACUUUAUGCCCCGGAUUAUACAUUGGCUCUUCGUAACUGGGCCAUUUCUGCUCUUCUUCAUUUCUCUCUGCUGUGCUGCCACACAGUAAGGAUCUAAUAAAUGUUACUGUUUCUCCCACCCAGAAGACUGUGGGGCUUUUCCCAGUAUCAUUUUUGUAAGUGGUGGACAAAUCUGACCCAAAGUUUCAAACUGCAGAAUCCUGCUUGUCUCCUUUUGGAGGCCAGAGAUCAACCCCUCCUUAGUAAAACAGAGGGAGAACUUAAACUUUUAGUUCUUCGUAAAUGAGCAACUAUUUAAAAUAAA